AUGAGCUUUGCAGUCGGAGCAACGGGCCCAUCGUCGAGUUUCCAGUUUUUCGGCAACGGCAAAUCCAAUGGUGAAAAGGGCUUCUCCCGUUCUUCAAGGACAAAGAGACGCGACAAAAGCCAACAACGACCACCGCAAGUUGGAAAAAGAACAUUUCAUGAAGGAAACACGAUAAAAUUGGAGCAGACGCGUUCAGACGGACCGUUACAUAGGCCAUGGCUAUCUGUUUCACAGCAGCAGCAGCAGCAGCAGCAGCAGUCAGCACUGUUCAAGAGAGACUCAAUACAAAAUACGUCUAAAGCUUUUAUGCUUCCGGCUCCUGAGGAGCUUGGAUUCAAAAGAGUUUUACAUAAGCCCCGGGAGACUCCAAAGUAUCUGAUCGAACAGAAAGCCAGUCUCAAGCCGCGCCCGUUUGUUCAGGACCCGUGGGACUAUGAGAACCAACAAAAAAUGCUAGCUAUUGAAAAGAGAGUUUCCGACACCACUGAACUAUGGGAAACGUUCAAAAAGAUGCGAGAGACUGAAAGGCGCGUCAUGGAAGACAAAAAGCUUGUGGAUCGCGCUGAUUCGGCCAAAGACUUGAACGACGCGAUUAUUUUCCAAGGUACCUGUCAGGAUAUGUGCCCCAUAUUUGAGCGGGCACGAAGAAGUGUGGAAAACAAUGUGGUGCGAUACGAAAGAGAAGAUGAAAAUUCCAAGGCAAUUUCCAGGUUGAAAGCACUCAAAGUCUUUGCAAGACCAGCUGCCGCUGCAGCCCCACCUCUUCCCUCAGAUGUAAGACCUCCAAAAGUUCUCAUCACUACUUUGGACUACAUCGUGGAUAAUAUUGUGGGAAAGCUGCCCGAUUGCGAAGGGUUUCUUUGGGAUCGUAUGCGUUCCAUCCGGCAAGAUUUCACGUAUCAAAAUUACAGCGGUCCUGAAGCAGUAGACUGUAAUGAAAGAAUUGUUCGCAUACACUUGCUCAUAUUACAUGUUAUGGCAACGAGUGAAGUUGAAUAUAGUCGACAACAAGAAUUAGAACAAUUGCACAAGGCUCUUAUCACGCUAUCCGAAAUUUACGAUGAGGUUCGCGCUAGUGACGGCCAAUGUCCCAAUGAAGCUGAAUUCCGCGCUUAUUCCUUGUUGAGUAGAAUAAGGGAUCCGGAAUACGAUAAGAUGGCACAGUCUCUGCCACAAUCGGUCUUUGAUGACAGACUGGUUCAAAUUGCAUUAUGUUUUCGCAGAAUUCUCUCCAACUCGACAUUCUCAGAACGGGGUCAUGUCAAAACCGAAAACGGACUCAAUUUAUACAAGAGAUUUUUCGAGCUAAUAAAGUCAGAUCAUGUUCCGUUCUUGAUGGCUUCUUUCUUAGAAGUUCACCUUAAUGAGAUUCGAUUUUAUGCUGUCAAGUCUCUUUCUCAUUCAAUCAACAAAAAGCACAAACCUUUUCCAUUGGAGUUCCUGGAAUCAGAGCUAAUGUUUAACAACAUUGAUGAGCUAUUGAAAUUCUGCGAUCAUUACUCGAUCGAAGUGGACGCAGAGGGCGUCAAACUGACUUCAUUAUCUCACCACUCGCACGUAAUCUCAGAGGCAACUCCACUCAAGCAGAGCUAUCUUAAGGUAGUGGAUGAAAAAUUAGCCAGGUCCAAUGCAAAAGAUUUGAUUAACUGCGGAACGCGCAACUUGGAUACCAUCCCACUGCAUAGUACACAUGUUUCGAACGAUAAUCAAACUCCGGACAACCAAUUCCCGGAGGCAACUUUUACUCGUUCAGAAGAUCCAUUAAAAUCGAAGGUUGAAUGGCCUGCUGCUGUCAAGACUGCACAGUUUGCUUUUCAAGCAGAACCUAAAAAUGAUAGGACUGAUAUUUCAACAGGUCCAAACAAGACUUCAACGAAUCCUUUUACUUUAGCCCACAAUGUAGAGGCACCAAAAGAAAAAUUACAAAGUUCCAAAAGUUCCGAGGUAAAUGAUAAUCAAAAGGUAUUAUUUGGUAUUGAUAAUAACCAGAUCAAUAACGAAAAUACGCCGCGACAAAGUGGUAAUAUGCAACUAGUGGAGGGAGCAAGAGAGGUAACAACAUUUCCGCAACUGAAACCCCAGCAAAAUAAUGUUGGCCUAACGAACGGGGAAAGACGACGGAACGAAAACCGUGUUGGAUCACAGUUGGAAGCAUCAAGAUUGGUCGCAGAAAGUCUGAUUCAAAACGUUGUGCGUGACGAGGUCUCGGCGAUUGUGAAUAAGUCCCUGGCCUCAAGUUCCAAAAAAAAAAGGAUCAUUCGAGUUCUUGCCGAAGAUCUUUUCCAUGCGUUUUUGCAUGAGAAAAUAUAUCUUACGACGCUUGAAGCUAGAGCGGAGCAAUUUCACAGUAGGACCUCUUUGAAGCAAGCGAUGAAAAUUUGGGAGGGCAUUCGAAAUAAGAGGUGCGAGCAGAGAAAAUUGGAAAGAAAGAGACGCGAAGAACUACUCCAGGUCAGCAGAUGUCUUGGUGUUCCAUUGAGCAAAAGGCAUCGCGUUGAUGCAACGCCGACUUCAACUCUGUCAUUCUCGCCUUCACUUUCCAUUCAUAAUCAAGUGAUUCAUACACCUGUGGCCAACCAGGUGAGCCAAUUCAAAACACCAGUACAUGAGAACAACGCCAUCUGGAAGCCUAUCGAUUUUAAAUCUCUGUAUCUGAGCGUCAUAGAAGGCAAUCUCAAAGAGAUGUGCACUGAGCACGAAAGUAUCCUACGGAAGCCUAUUUUGGUGGAAGUAUCGAUUUUCGCAAGAAAUUGGGAUAGCAUAUCAUCAAGAUGGUUGUUGGCGAAAUUUGGUUUAGAAAAACGCCGCAAAACGAUGCUACGAUCUAACAAUAGCAUUGUGGAUCUCACUGUGAGUGCUUUGAGUGCAGACGCCUCGAGCAGAGAAUUUGAGAAUCUGCAGUUACUUGUGUUCAAUAGCGGGGUGACAGAGAAUGAUAUUUUCGACCUGGAGGUAAAAUUGAAGCAGGAUGGCGAAAAGCUUAUUGAGCUUACACAUGCCGCUGCACUCCACACCAAUUACACGCUCUCGAUUGAGAUUCUGUAUUGGGAGUCCACCGAAAACCCACUUUCUGAUAAGCAGAUUGCGAAACUGCUAAAAAUUGACAAAAUAUCCGAGACUUUCGCGGCUGCACUGAAGGAUGUACAGAUUGUGAAGCUGGCAGGUGAUAGCCCCCAUCAAAUUUUGGAAGACAGCUUGGCUAAGAUCGCAGGGUCUUCUUGUCUCGAACUAACCGAGCGGGGCAGGUAUAAUCUAUUAUUGCGCAGCAGGAGCUUGCAGGCAAGCUCUUCAACCCCGGGGAACUAUCGAACCGCUCGGGAGAUUGACUCUAAGCUUUCGAAGGCCCUAGAGAAAGAAAUCCAUCGAUACCAGCAAGAGAGAGACCGCAACAACACAUAUGCGCAUUUGCAGUCUCAUGUAGCCGCAUCUCCACGAUCGCGUCACAGAAAGCUGGCUGUGCUGCUGUCCGAUCGCCAUCGGAAUCGAUUCAAGACACCAUUGGCUGUCCGGCCGUUUUUCAAGCGCACUUCGUCGACGUCUUCUACUUCGUCUGUCCUUUCCUCCGAGCCCUCACACUUGGCAGCUAAAAUCAGAGCGGAAAGGCCUCGACACGAGAACACCACGUCUAAUUUUGCAUCCCCAGUUCCUUCGAGAACGCAGCCAGAAGGCGCGACUGCGGUAACUCCUUCUAUUUCCAUGCCCAUCGCGAACACAAGCGGGAUUUCGAACGUCACUUUCGAUUCCCCAUUCGCUACGCCAACUCUAAAAAUGGCUCCACCGUCAUCAACUGAUCUACAAGACACCAAUACCAGUGUCUUGGAAUUGCGAGACCUGGUGGCAUCCGUCAAAAAGAGUUUAAAUCGACAAUAA